AUGCCUACAGAGUUAUUUUCACAGACUACAAGCAGCGAGGCGUUUAGGCGCUACGAAGUGGACCCUCGCAAGGCCCUUGCCUAUCUCCGAUACCUGUUCGCGCAACGGAUACCCAAACAUAUUGGACCGAAUGCAACGCGAUGUGUCCGUCUGGAUCGGGAAACUAUUGAAUCAAAUCGAGUUCCCAUCGAGGGAGCUACGGAAACCGUUAACCUUGCCCGUUAUGUGGACGCGGAGGAGGCUGCUGGACGAGUGUCUCUACUAUCAGUCGGCCGGCGCACAAUAUACACUCCUUAUUCCUACAGCAAAAUUGAGCAUGGCUAUGCUGCCCUGAAUACCCUUCAAAAACUACAGCAAGCACGGUCAACAGAGCCCAACACCUCACAAUUAAUGGGAACCUACAAAGCCAUCGCGGACUCUAUGAAGGGGUAUAACAGAAGUCUUGUGGGAGGUAUCCUUCGCGUCGAGCAUGUUGAGAAGGAUGAAAACGGGGAACUGAUCUGUUCAGGCCGGGAUGUUUCAACAAACAGCAACGCCACCAACUACUACACUGUCGCAGAGCAUAUCCGAUGCUUGCUCUAUGCAUGGCGGCAACCUGUCAACGGUCGCAGUAUCAUGAUUCGGGAGCACUUUGUACUGGUGGUACGACAUAGUAUGCUGUUGAGGGACGAGAAUGUGCGUUUUCUGGAUAUUUCCGACUGCUCGAUGGACACCUUUGUAAAGCAACCUGGAGGAACUUAG